AUGGCUGCACUGCUGCUUGGAGCCAUCCUCACCCUCCUGAGCGCCCCAUGGACGGAGGGUUCGGGAGAGCUGGAGCUGCGGGUGCUGUGGGCACGGGGGGAGGCGGGGGGUCCAUGUGGGGGUUCCCCCCCCCCCUCCUGCCUCCUCCUCUUCCGCCUUUGCCUUCGCCCACCCGGGGGGGGCGGAUGCAGUCUGGGGGUCACACACAGCCCCCCUGGACCCCCCCCCACCCCAAGGGCCCCCCGAGUGCUGCGACUGCCUUUUGCCUUCCCAUGGCCGGGCACUGUGUCCCUCGUCAUCGAGUCCUGGCGGUUGGAUGAGGCCGAAGGCUCCGGGGCCCCCCCGAUGCGGCUGUUGGGCCGCGCACGGUCCCGGUGGCGGUUGGUUCCAGGGGGGCCGUGGUGGGGGGGGACCGGGGGGGGCCUCGUUUUCCGCGCCCGCCUUCGCUGCCGCCCCCCCUCCCGCGGCCCCCACUGUGCCCCACAACCCCCCCCAAGGCCCUGCUGGACCCCCCCUGCCUGCCCGGAGCCCCUCCACUGCCGCAGCCGCCGUGGCUGCCAGGACCCCUGCGCCUCUCCCUGCACCAGUGGGGGCUCCUGCAUGGGUCCUGGCUGUGCCCCCCCUGGUGCUGCGGUGCCACCGGCAACGACUCCAUCUGUGUCCCUGCUGUCCCCGGCGGUCGCUCUGAAGGCCACGGUGGUGGCACCGGUGGCUCUGGAAGUAUUGAUGGCACCAGCGGUGACACCACAACCACCGUCAGUGGCCCUGGUGGCACCGAUGGCCCCGGUGAUGGCCCCGGAAGCACCGUCGGUGGCUCUGGUGGCACCCAUGGCCCCGGUGGUGGCACCCGAAGCACUGUCGGCGGCCCUGGUGGCACCAAUGGCCCCAAUGGUGGCACCGAUGGUACCAAUGGCCCCCGUGGUGGCGCCAGAACCACCGUCGUCGGCCCUGGUGGCCCCAAUGGCCCCUGUGGUGGCCCCAGAAGCCCCUUUGGUGUCUCCAGUGGCCCCGUCGGUGGCGUUGGAGGCUGCGGCAAUGUCCCCGUCGGUGUCCCCGUGCGCGUUGGGUCCCUGUUUCAACGGGGGUUGGUGUGUCCCAACCUCCAGCACCGGCUACACCUGUCGCUGCCGCCAUGGCUACCGCGGCUCCAACUGCGAGCGCCGCGCCGACCGCUGCCACCACGGCCUCUGCCUGCACGGCGGCCAUUGCCAGGACCUGGGCCGGGGUCCCCUUUGCAAAUGCCGCCCGGGUUUUGUGGGCCGUCGCUGCGAGAUCAACACCGACGACUGUUCUCCGAAUCCUUGUGCCAAUGGUGGCACCUGCCAAGACGGCGCCAACGCCUUCACCUGCUCAUGUACCCUCGGCUACGCCGGUCCCACGUGCCGCCAUCGCGCUGAUGCCUGUGCCUCGCGCCCGUGCCUCCACGGCGGCACCUGUUUCACCCACAUCUCGGGCCUCGUCUGCGCCUGCGCCCCCGGAUUCAUGGGCGCCCGUUGUGAGGAGGAAGUGGGGGGCACCCCCAGACCGCCCCGUGCACCCCCUUUUGCCGUUGCCGCUCUGCUGCCUCUCGCCCUUGUGGCGCCCACUGUCGCCCUCGCCGUGGCCGCCCGGCGCCUGCGCAGCAGCCGCUCCACGCGCAGUGUAGGGACCCCGGUCAAGAGCCCCCCCGGGGGAGAGCAGCCGCCCCGCGCCACCCGAGUGUGACCGGCGCUGAUGGAGCCCCUUUGGGGGGGUGGGGUGUCAGGAUUGAUACCAUUAAAGCUCUUGGAGGCG